GCGGCUUCACAUCAGUCUCUUCUCUUGUUGACCAUCCAAACCUCCAUACACACCGUCUCGAGAUGGCACCCAAGAAGGCCAAGAGGAGGGGAGCAGCAGCAGAGGGCGGUUCCUCCAACGUGUUCUCCAUGUUUGAGCAGAGCCAGAUCCAGGAGUACAAGGAGGCUUUCACAAUCAUUGACCAGAACAGAGACGGUAUCAUCAGCAAGGAUGACUUAAGGGACGUGCUGGCCUCAAUGGGCCAGUUGAAUGUGAAGAAUGAGGAGCUGGAAGCCAUGGUCAAGGAGGCCAGCGGCCCCAUCAACUUCACCGUCUUCCUCACCAUGUUCGGAGAGAAGCUCAAGGGGGCUGAUCCCGAGGAUGUCAUCGUUAGUGCUUUCAAGGUCUUGGACCCCGAUGCUACCGGUUUCAUCAAGAAGGACUUCCUUCAGGAGCUCCUGACCACUCAGUGCGACAGGUUCUCUGCAGAGGAGAUGAAGAACCUGUGGGCUGCCUUCCCCCCAGAUGUGGCCGGCAACGUAGACUACAAGCAAAUCUGCUACGUCAUCACACACGGAGAGGAGAAGGAGGAGUAAUGAAACAGACAGAAGAAAAGAAAACAGCCUCCCUUGUCAUUCUACCUUCCUGCUCCUCUCUUCUUCCUUCUAUUUUCUCAUACCUUCAUUCUCUUUAUGUGUACUCAUGUGCUCUGUCUCUCACUCACACAAAUUCUCUAAAAGACUUGUCUCCACUCAAGACAUUUGUGUGAGAGCGGGUGCUCAUGGGUUGUCUAUGUUUGUUCGUGGGGAUAUGGGAUUAUUUUCAAUAAAAAUGAUCUUUUAA